UUUCCGUAUACACCCCAAAUUAGAUUGAGUCAAACAAAUUAUAUAAAACACUUAUAUCUUCUUUAGUUUCCCAAGUCAUCUCUUGUCUUCAUCUUCUGAUCCAAAGUCUCUAAUUAUAUGUGUAAGAGAGAAUCUGUUUGACACAUUUGGGACAGAUCUACGUUUGACCCACCAGAAAUAUACAGAGGCGAAUAAUCACACAAGCGCUAUACUAUAUUAUACCAAAAAAAAAGCAUCUUCGGCCAGAACAUGGAGAUCUUUCAAUGGCUCUUUAAGUUAGGAAAGGAAACAGGGAGAUCAGAGUCCAGCUCAAUCAGUUGUACUGAUCAUGAACCAACCACAACUCUAGCAAAUUACACAGAUCAGAGAACAAGAAGAUCAUCUACAAGAGGGUCUAAACAUAAAAACAGUUACAGAGGAAUAUGGUUAUGGUGUAGAAAAGAUGUAGCAAAGGCUUGUUUCUAUAGCACACUGAAUUUAAGAAGAGUUAGUAGCUUUAGGAGGGAACAGUUAGUUCGCUCCAUGGCAAAGAUGAAAGCACAAAGAGGAGGAGGAGAAGAAGUGACAUCAACAAGGUUUGAUCCUAAAAAGGCUAGCAAAGUCUUGGAAUCAGAGAAACAAGACGAAACCAAUAAAGGGAAGGUAAAAAGCGAACAGAGCAAAGGUAAAGCCACACUUUUAAGAAUGAAGGAGCUCAUCAAAUGGGCUGCAGCAGCCAAAUCCGACAAAGCUGUCAAAUUCUUUACUCCUAAGAUAAUGGUGGAGUUGAGAAACCGAAAAAAGUUGAAGAUGAUGAGAGAGGUGAAUAAUGAAGAAUCAACAAAAAGGAUGAGUAGUGUAUCUGCAAAUAUAAGUUUGAGAUGGGAGAGUAGUGAGAGUUGCACAACACACUCUUCCUCUGAUCAGAUCUCUAUAGUUUCUUCACCAGCAAUCCUUGUUUCCUUGGGUCCUACGCCACUCUACCACUGCAGAUCCAGGAAAGGCAACUGGAUCACUACUGAUUCUGAAUUUGUGGUGUUAGAGUUGUGAAGAGAAAGAUUAGGUGUGGUGUAUGAAGGCAACGACAAGGACAACCAAUUGAUGAUUCUCAUCCCUAGAUAAAUUUUGCAAGUAAAAAUCCAAUGCCACUGUAAUUAACCUUUACCAUUGUUCUUCGGUGAUUUCAUUCUUCUUUAUGUACUUUUAUAGAAUUGAGUAUGA